CAUCGCUCUAUCGCGACACCCAGUAUCCACACCCACUUCAACGCGCAAUAUCGCUGCGCACCGAGUGGAAUCACAUAUCACGACCUUUUCAUCUCCAUAAGCUUCAACGAAAACUCCGAACCUAGUAGCAAUGGCCUUCACUCCCAGAGGUGGUCGCGGUGGUGGUCGUGGCGGUGGUGACCGUGGCGGUCGCGGUGGCUUCACUCCUAGAGGCGGACGUGGUGGAGGCCGCGGCGGUGGUGAUCGUGGUGGCCGCGGCGGAGGCCGUGGUGGUGGCCGUGGUGCUCCACGAGGCCGCGGUGGUGCUCGCGGCGGUGGUCGCGGAGGCGCGCGUGGAGGAGCCAAGGUUAUUGUCGAGCCCCAUCGCCAUGCAGGUGUCUUCGUCGCUCGCGGCAAAGAAGAUCUUCUCGUCACCAAGAACCUGACCCCCGGAGAGUCCGUCUACGGAGAGAAGCGCAUUAGCGUUGGCGCCAGCGCCGCAAAGGACGGCGAGACCGAGGCCAGCAGCACCGAAUACCGUGUUUGGAACCCCUUCCGUUCCAAGUUGGCUGCUGGUAUCUUGGGUGGUGUCGACAACAUCUAUAUGGGCCCUGGCUCCAAGGUGCUCUACCUUGGUGCUGCUUCAGGCACAUCAGUCUCCCACGUCGCCGAUAUCGUCGGUCCUGAAGGAACUGUCUUUGCCGUUGAAUUCUCCCACCGCUCCGGCCGUGAUCUGAUCAACAUGGCAACCCACCGCACCAAUGUCAUCCCCAUCGUCGAGGACGCCAGGCAUCCAUCGAAAUACAGGAUGCUUUUGGGCAUGGUCGACUGCAUCUUCGCUGAUGUUGCUCAGCCCGAUCAAGCACGUAUUGUUGGACUCAACGCCGGCAUGUUCUUGAAGGUUGGUGGCGGUAUCGUCAUCUCCAUCAAGGCCAACUGUAUCGACUCCACGGCCGCUCCCGAGGCUGUGUUCGCACAGGAAGUCGCCAAGCUACGAGAGAUGGGCAUCAAGCCCAAGGAGCAGCUUACCCUUGAGCCUUUCGAGCGUGACCACGCCAUGGUUGUGGGUGUCUACCAGCGUUCGCAAUAAACGGGGCUAGGUGCGAUGGGCUGACGGCGCUUUUUCUUAUCUGAACGAUGCAUGCAAUGUGGUCAUAUACCUGUACUUUCAUGGAACUUGGUGUUUCUCAGGCGUCAUGUGGGGAAUCUUUUGUUUUGAUAAAAGAUCUAUGGAUGCGAUUUGGACUGUUCGAUUGAACGAGCCUCUGAAAAAAAUGCGCCGUGAUGUUUAUCUUGGUGCAUCGAGAACAUGAGCCUGGGUUGCAGCUUUGGCCUUUGCACAGCUGCUGUCACGAUUCAGCAGCGUUGAAAAAUGUAUUGUGUUCAAUUAGCUUUGAUAUUGGGAUUUUUCUCAAACAAAAUAGGCUUCUUAUCUCCGAUGAAUCCUAGUAAUUCCCA